AUGGAAGGAAGACUGAAAGCCAUACGGGCCGGUAACAGAUCAGCGGUAACGAAACUUUUCGGACGAUUUUUGGACUUGAAAGAAAAUACAGCCAGUGAAGUAACGGAGGAAAUCGAAAUAAUUAGGAAGUCCCUAACACAGAAAAGACAAACUCUACAAGAACUAAAUGAACGAAUAUUAGACGCCUUAUCUGAAGAGGACAUAGAAGAAGAAAUCACGAACACAGAUGAGUAUAUGUAUGAAUUAGAUUGCAAAAUUAAGAAAACAGAAACAUUUACGGAAAAAGUUUCAUGUAAAACUUUGAACGCCAGUGCUGAGUGUUUUGUACCCACCUUAGAAAUUCAUGAUAGUAACGUAAACACGUCAGCUGCAAUUAACUCAAGUGAAACGGCUUGUGAGAAUAUUUUAAACAAUUUUCCUGCCUCUGAUCUCAAUGAACAAAGCAACCAGGCUCAAUUACGCGACGCAGCAGCACAAACCAUUGCAGGAUUUACUCUCACAAACGCAAAUUACGAAACCGCCAUAGACCUGCUCAAGGAACGAUUUGGUCAACCGCAAAAAAUCAUCAAUGGUCACAUGAGAGCACUUAUGGAACUGCAAGCCCCGAGAAACGACGCCAUCAGUUUAAGAAAUUAUGGAGACUGCUUGGAAUCUCAUGUCAGGAGUUUAGAGUGUCUAGGACAAAAACAAGAGAUGUACGGAGCUUUACUUAUUCCAGUCAUAAUGAACAAGCUACCAGCUGAAAUCAGGAAAAACAUUGCACGUGAGUACGAUGGUGACAACAUUUCGCUACUCAAUCUUCGUAAAGCUAUCAGCAAAGAAGUCAAAAUCCUUGAAUCAGGCCAGAUUGAAAACAGCGAUGGAUUCCACGCAACAGCAAUGUUUCUAACCGGAGCCUCAAAGAAACAACGCCAUGUUCAUUAUGGACAAAACCAGAAAACAAAAGAGUCAACUCCUUAUAUCGAAACAACAGAGAUAAAGAGCCGCCCAUGCAUUUAUUGUUGCACAGAGAAUCACUUUCCAGGGGAUUGUAAGAAAGUUACAGAAGUAAGUGCAAGAUUCGACAUCUUAAAACGGAAGAAAUUGUGUUUCAACUGCUUAGGAAACCACCGCGCCGCAGAUUGUAAAUCCCGCAACAGAUGUAAAAAGUGCCAGAAGAAACACCACACAAGUAUAUGCGACAUGAAACAAACGAAGGACAAAGACGAGCCCACUAGAUCAACAAGUGUCAACAUUGUAGAAACGAGCAAGAAGGCAGAAACCACAGUACUGAACGUUGAACAUCGACCUACAAAUGUUUUACUGAAAACAGCUAUCGCCCCUGUGAGUCAUGAAAAUCAAACAACCGAUGCUAAUAUCUUAUUUGACGAAGGAUCACAAAGAUCGUUCAUAACAGAAAAACUCGCCAAUGAGUUAGAAAUCACUCGAAGGAGAUCCGAAGCAAUUAAACUAUCUACUUUUGGGGAAAAUGGAAGUGUCCAGUAUCUAGAUAGUGCGACUAUCAAUUUGAUAACCGACUCAGGAGAAUUGAUUGCUAUCAAUGUUCUGAUAGUACCAUCUAUAGCAAGCCCUCUCAGCAGCUACCACUCUUCUGAAGUAAAAAGACUGCCUUACCUUCAAGGACUCAAAUUAGCACAUCCGGUUUCAAUUGACAGCGAAUUUGUUAUUUCCUUUUUAAUCGGAGCAGAUUUUUACUGGAGAAUUGUAGAAAAUCAAGUCAUCCGGGGAUCGGGACCCACUGCUGUGAAGUCAAAGAUUGGAUUUCUGCUUUCAGGACCAACUUCUCAAUCAUCUUAUACAAACAGUGCCAGGGAUCACAUCUACAACGUAAUAGCUAUGCAUACAUCAGUAGAACAAGCACUGGAACGCUUCUGGGAAUUAGAGAACAUUGGAAUCACGGAUACACCAGAUAAGAACGACUCCAAUGAUAAAGUCAAGAUGUACCAAGAUAAAUGCAUCGAGUUUAGAGACGACAAAUACUACGCCAAGUUGCCAUGGAAAGAUGACCAUUCUGAGCUACCAUCGAAUUAUGGAAUUGCACUGAAAAGAACCCAAAGUACUAUCAACAGACUAAGUAGCAACCCAGAACUUUUGAAGAAAUACAGUGCGAUAAUUGAAGAACAGGAACGAAAAGGAUUUAUAGAAAAAGUUCCGGAAGAUACAAAAACAUCCUCUGUGGUACAUUAUAUUCCACACCAUUAUGUCAAAAAGGAUUCCAGCACCACACCUAUCAGGAUAGUGUAUGACUGUAGCUGCCGCGAAUCACGUGACAAGCCGAGUCUUAAUGACUGUUUGGAUUCAACGCCACCCAUCUUAAAUGAUUUGACAUCAAUUCUGACAAGAUUUCGAUUACACGAAUUUGCUGUAACCACUGAUAUUGAGAAAGCAUUUCUACACGUUGGUUUACAUGAAAAUGACCGAGAUGCAACGAGAUUCCUUUGGUUAAAGGACCCAAAUGAUGUCAACAGUUCAUUAGUGCCUUACCGUUUCAAGGCAGUGCUCUUUGGAGCCACUUGCUCCCCAUUUAUUUUAGACGCAUUUCUAUUCUUUCCACAACAAUUUGGAGAAGGAAAAAGAAAAAUCACAGAAAAGGAAUAUCAGGGACAUGGCAGAGAUAAUAAACAAAAUGCCAAUCUACGGACUCGAAACAUGGAACUGGAGAAAUCUAACACAGAACUAUGUCACAAACACCCCGGAACUGAGACUCUGAUACAAAACCUGGCAGAUAAAGUGUCUGAACAGAAGAGGAUAGAGUGUCAAAAACAAAAGCCAAAGAAAGAAUCCGUGAAUGGACCUCUUAAUUAA